AUUUGUCGCUCUAUAUGAUUUAACGAUUAUAGAACGUAGGGCAAACUACACUCACUUCCCCUAAAAUUUACUUUUUUUUUUUACACAACCCCUAAAAUUUACUUAAAAAAAUGAAAACGCUCCCUUUAUUUUUUAACUAAACACUAACUUUUCUUAAGUUUAUCUCAAACUAACAAACAAACAACCCCCUUUCUCCUUCAUCCUGUUUGUUGUCCUAUGAAACAAAAAGUACAAAAAGAAGUUGCAAUUACGAUUUCAUGCUACCAACAAAUAACAACCUCAAAAGAUAUAAAAAAUAAAUAAAAUAAAAAUGGUUAAAGUAAUAUAUUUGAUGUGGCAAUUUUUUUUUAUGUGGCAAUUUGUGCCCAAGCAAGUGUUGCGUGCGUUUGAUUUGCUAAAAAAUAGGGAACUGGAUAUGACAACUUUUAUUCUACCUUGUUUGAUUUGAAAUCGGUUAUGGAACUGCACAAAUUAAGUAGCAAGGGACAAGACAAAAACAAGAUUUUUUGUCAUUCACUGAACCACGAGACAACCUUUUGUCCACGGUACAACUAUAAAAAAUACGAAAAUACGCAUUUUAUCUUCGAAUAUAAAAAUAUUAUCGUCCUAUAUCUCUCCGGUAUAUUUUCUUCCUGUUUUAUAUUAUCUUGUAAGGUGGACCCUAUCUUUCUCAAUUCCAAACAUCAUUAUUAUCUUCAAAACCCUUGUUUUGUUUGUCACCGUCACAAACAUGCAUUGAGAAAAAGGAACAAGAAGAAGAAGAAGAAGAUGAUGACGCCACUUCAAAUUCAAUCUUCUCUGCAAAACCAAAGCUUUUCUCUUUCACUUUCAUCUUCCAUUUGCUAUUCCAAUACUCUUCCCUUCAAACAAAGGGUCAGUGUUUGUUACACUUACAGUGUAAGAGCAAUCUCUGUCACUUGUUCCAUCUCAAAAACUCACAACCAUGAUACUGUUGAUUUUGAACGAAGACCCAUUGUGAAAUGGUUUGUUCUUUACAAGAGAAUCUCUAUGAUGAAAAAUCCUGAAUUGGGUUCUGCUUCUGUGUUGAAUCAGUGGGAAAAUGAAGGCAAAACUCUUACCAAAUGGGAACUUUGUAGAAUUGUCAAAGAAUUGAGAAAGUACAGAAAACAUCACAGUGCUCUUCAGGUAUACGAAUGGAUGAACAAUAGACCAGAGAGGUUUACGAUAUCUUCAAGUGACGCUGCAAUUCAGUUAGAUCUAAUCGCAAAAGCUCAUGGAGUUUCUAGUGCAGAAGGAUUUUUUCUGAACCUGACCAAUAAUUUGAAAGACAGGAGGACAUAUUGUGCCCUCUUGAAUGUAUAUGUUCAUUCUAGAUUGAAAAAUAAGGCGGAAUUUUUACUUGACGUAAUGAGGAGUAAAAGGUACUUAAUACAUUCACUACCGUUUAAUUUAAUGAUGAAUCUCUACACGAACCUUAAGGAUUAUGGUAAGGUUGAUAUGUUGGUUUCAGAAAUGAAAGAAAAGAACAUACAGUUAGAUCUAUAUACAUAUAAUAUCUGGUUAACUUCUUGUGGAUCUCAAGAAUCAAUAGAAAAGAUGGAACACGUGAUUGAACAAAUGUUGAACGAUUCUACCAUAAUCACUAACUGGGUUACAUUUAGCAUAAUGGCUGCAAUUUACAUUAAGAUGGAACUGUUUGAAAAAGCUCAUGAAUGCUUAAAAGAGAUCGAGGGUAGAAUAUUAGGUCGAGAUCGAGUACCUUUUCAUUAUCUCCUGAGUUUGUAUGGAAGCAUUGGAAACAAGGACGAAGUUUAUCGCGUGUGGAAUAACUAUAAAACAAUAUUUCCAAGUAUACCAAAUUUGGGAUACCAUGCUGUUAUUUCUUCUCUUGUGAGAAUGAACGAUAUUGAGGGUGCGGAAAAGCUUUAUGAAGAAUGGGUUACGGUAAGGCCAUCUGAUGAUUCUAGAGUAGCAAACCUUAUCAUAGGCUGGUAUCUUAAGAAUGGCGAGUUAGAUAAAGCUUUUAGUUUCUUUGAGCAUAUGAUUGAAGGUGGAGGAUGUCCGAAUUCAACUACAUGGGAGAUUCUUUGUGAGGGCCAUAUUGCUGAAAAGAGGAUUUCAGACGCCCUGUCGUGCUUGAAAAAGGCUUUUGUUGUGACAAGCGAUUCAACGAAUUGGAAACCGAAGCCAGUAAUAUUGGCUGCAUUCCUUAAACUUUGUCAAGACGAAGACGACAUGGAGAGUGCCGAAGUUUUAAUUGAGUUGUUUAGGCAGUCAGGAUAUCAUAAAGAUGAAGCGUAUGCAUCACUCAUUGGCAAAGAUGAACCGGCUAGCACGAUUGAAAGAAUUGAUGAUAUUGGUGUCUACGAGUCACUGUCAAUAUCAAGUCUGAUCUCCAUGUUUUGAUAUUUCAAUUUUGUUUUGACUAGUAGAAAAUGGGCUGUAAGAACAUAGGGGGAAAUAUUGAUAUUCUUUUUCUCAAGCUUCUAUAGCUUACCAAGACACUUGUAUCAAGUGCUAGUUUAGGAUAUGAACUGUGAUGUUUUGCUCUUAAUAGGAAUUGAUUCUUCUGAUGCAUGUGAUCUGA